UAAAGGACCCCAUUGGCUUUUGUCAAUUUUCCGAAACGUUUUUGCUGAUUUUGAUUGGACGAGUCUUUCUCAUCACGCUCACUCACUCACCCACUCGCCCUCUCAACCCUCGCGCAACCCGGGGUGUGCGGGCUACGACUUUGCAUAUUCUCAUUCUCCCUCUCUCCUCUCUCUCUCUCCUUUCCACAACAUAGUUAGACAUGGGAUCCGAUCGUCUUUACUGCAAGGGCCGUGUUUUGGGUUACGAACGUGCCAAGCGCAACCAAAACCCCAACGUUUCUUUGAUUCAAGUUGAAGGUGUUCAAACAACCAAGGAUGCUCAAUUCUACCUCGGUAAGCGUAUUGCCUACGUCUACCGUGCUCAACGUGAAGUCAAUGGCUCCAAGAUCCGUGUCAUCUGGGGUCGCAUCGCUCGUACUCACGGUACCAAUGGUGUCGUCAAGGCUCGUUUCCGCAAGAACUUGCCUCCCAAGGUCUUUGGUGCCUCCGUUCGUGUCAUGCUUUAUCCUUCCAACAUCUAAUUGUGGAGUUUAUAUGUUAUGAGGACGAUCCAUAUAUUGUAUAUGUAUUCCUGAAAUAAAUCAUCUUUUUUAAAAGAAUCUAUUUUUUUUUUUUGUUUGUUUGUAAAGACACACUGUGAAAAGGAGAAAGGGG